ACGAGGGGUGUAAACUGUAAACAGUGAAAUGUAUCAUGUGUAAUAUUAUAUUUGGAAAUUGAACCAGACUUACAUCAAACAUGUUAUGACAUAGUAACAAGCUGAUGGUGAGGAAGUCAUCUGUUCGACCCUGAGGCUGAUGUAAUCCACCUCACAAUCACGGCUCUGUAGUGCGCAUCACAUGCGAACCAGCAAAAAGUGGCAGUGAAAAAUGUCGACAACAAAAAAGAGACGAGCUCUCGAAGCAGAAAAAUCCCGACUGAGGGAGAAAUUACUGAGUAUUGAUAGUCAGAAACAGACCAUCUUUACCUAUUUGGAAGAACUGACACAAAAGGCAUCCGACAUAGCAGCCCCCAUUCUCGAAGAGACGAGCAUGACUCGUUUCUCGCGACAGUUUACGGAGGUCAACCGGCAGUUGGAGGACUGCCUAAACAAGUUGUUUUUAAUCCGAACAUCGCUACCUGGAGAGGGAGAGAGUGAAGAUGAGACGAGCGAUGAAGAUCCAAACACUGUGUCUGGACCAUCCAAGAUGGCGGCCACAUCGACAGUCCCUUCGUCGGUGGAGGUCGCCCAUUGUAACACGAAUGUCGUUUCCGAAACACACCCUAGGGUGGCGGCAACCUACGUUAAAGCAUCCGCGGGUGAGCCGCCGGCACGUGGGGAAAGCGAGGGCUUGCUGCACGUGUCUCUGGAUCAGGCUCCGCUAGUGUCAUCCACGUGUCGUGGAACAGUCGGGGAUUCGUCGGCGUUCCCCGACAGCGCCGCGGGCGUCGCGAAGCCGGGUGCUGCGAAGCCGGGCGCCGCCUCUACUGCUGCCGCGUCGGAGAUCGCUUCGUUGGAGUUGCCGCCGCCACCGUGCGAGAGUGCGUCCGCACAGACGCCGGCGGACGCGGCGAGCGUGCCGUGCGUACGCAAGCGCGCCGAGUCGUCGUCGAGCGCAGUCUCGAUCGCCUCUCACUGUAGUCUGUCCAGCUACGGCUUCGGACCACACGUGACGCGGAUCCCUGUGCAGGCGGGCGACAGACUAGUGGUCAAGAUCACGCACUGCGUCAGCCCAUCGCUCUUCUGGGUGCAGAUGUUUACCAACGAUUUGUCGGCGCUCAUGGAGCAGUUGUGCCUGCACUACUCGAGGGUGGGAGCGCGCGGUGGCGUGACGGGGGUGCCACAGGUCGGCCUCGUCUGCUGCGCGCGCUUCACGCAGGACGACACCUGGUACAGGGCACGCGUCGUCGCCGUGUAUCCCCGCGCGCCGCCGCCCCGCGUGCCGACGGCCGGAGCAGACGCCGGCAGCUUUCAGGAAUACGAGGUGGACGUCGUCUACAUCGACUACGGCAACGAGGAGCGGCUGCCUCUGUCUCGCCUGAGACCCCUGGAGAAGCAGUUUGCGCAGCUUCCUCAGCAGGCCCUCUGCUGCUCUCUCGCCAAGGUGUGCCCUCCCGCCAACGCCCUCUUGUGGACGGAUGCUCAGCGCGCCUUCUUUGACCGCGUCGUGCGCGGCCACAGGCUGCUUGCCGCCCUGCACGGCAGCGCCACCUACGACGCGCUGGCGGUCGACAUGUUUAUCAUAAGCAACGAGGAUUUGCGGGUCGACGUAGCGAAGGCUCUCAUCGUGACGCAUAAUGCGGAACUGAUUGAGGACCUGAAAGUGGCUCCAUCUAGUCAGUCAGCUCAGGCAGAGGCUGCCGCUGUUACGAACCUCAAAACCCUUGCUGUGGCUGGGUCGCACGGCCCCGCGCCCGUGCUCGCGUCCGCACGCGCGCCGAGCGUUGUCUCAUCCAGUGCCUCGUUCGCCAGCCCGCAGACGUCUCCGUCGCCACGAGGGGGAGCCACGUGUAACGAACACGAGCCGUCGACGGACGCCAAUCAGCAGGCAGGGAAAGCCGGUCGGCUGAGUGGCGUAGUGUUGAAUACAGGAGAGAGGACAGCACUGGGCGACGCAGCAACAAGAACAACAACGGGGAAGGCAAGCAAGAACAACAAUUCUGCGAAAAGGUUGCCUCAUCAGUCGGCUAACAGGUGA